CUUCUUUUAGCUAAAUUUAUUAGGAGAUUUCGCUAGAAAUGCAGUAGUGAUAGCUUAAGACCAAAAUGCAGCGAUUUCGUGUAGCUGUGGGGAUAUCUGGAGGUGUGGAUAGCGCAGUAUCCGCGUGGCUGUUGAAAAAGAAGGGUUACGAAGUCUUUGGCAUCUACAUGAUCAACUGGGACCAGGUGGAAGAAGGUAGUUCCAUAUGUCCAAGAACAAAAGAUGAAGCGGACGCAAGGCGAGUAUGUGAGAAGCUGGAUAUUCCCUUCACCACUGUGAACUUCGUCAAAGAAUACUGGAGCGAAGUUUUUGUAAAAAUGCUAGAGAAUUAUCGCCGUGGAAGAACUGUGGUGCCGGACAUUGCAUGUAAUAGCCAUAUCAAAUUUGAACACCUACAUCAUCACGCAAUCGAAGAGCUUGGAGCUGAUUUUGUUGCAAGUGGGCAUUAUGCAAGUACCUCCAAUGGAGACUAUCAAGAGAAAAGAGGAUAUGACCAGGGUAUUCGGCUGCUCUGUGGGAUCGAUCCAAUCAAAGACCAGACAUAUUUUCUAAGCACUCUACGCCAGGAACAGCUUAGGCGAGCUAUAUUUCCUGUUGGAUCUAUGACCAAAACGAAAGUACGUCAGAUAGCUCGAGAACAGGGCUUUGAUGACAUAGCAGAUAAGCAUGAGAGCAUGGGAAUUUGCUUUGUUGGAAAAAGGAAAAAUUUUGAAAAGUUCGUAGACCAGUAUAUCGAACCAAAGAAAGGUGAAAUUGUAACCCUAGAUGGAAAGCGACUAGGCCAGCAUGAUGGCAUUCAUCACUUUACGCUGGGAAAGCGCAUACACAUACAAGGAUGUCAUCUCGGAUACUUUGUGUCUAAAAUUGAUGCUGAGACUAACACGGUUUAUGCGUGUGAAGGGUCCUAUCAUCCUUCUCUGUACGCAACGGAUUUUUGUGUGGUGGAACCAGAGUGGAUAGAAAGAAAUCCUUUAGCAGUCGCCGGAGGAAGGAAUAUUUCGGGCGCAGAUGUCACAACGCUUGAAUGUCGAAUACAACGCACACAUCCUCCAGUACCAUGUCAAGUCACAAGAAUAGCGGAGGAGCUUUUAUCAGUCCGACCAGUCUUUCCCUUUCGAGCAGUGGCUAAUGGGCAGAUGUGCGUAUUUUACGACGGCAGAGAAUGCCUUGGUGGUGGGGAAGUGGAUCAUAUAAUAUCGACCUUACGCUACAAAUAG